AUGGCCCUCCGCUCCGCUGCACGCGGCAUCCGGCCAUGGGCUCGAUCGCCUCGAUCAUUUACGGACUCUGAGUCACACCAUCAAUUGAGGUAUGCGUCGACGAGGUCAGGGGCGGGGACGGCCCAGAGUAUGAACCAAACUGCGCAUCAAAUUGAUCCAACGCUGGACUCUCCCUCCGCAGCUUUCGUAGCACAGCGAGCCCCUUUCAUGGUCCCAACCUAUGUGCGACCACCUCCCGUAAUAGACUCAGGUAAAGGGUGUUAUCUAUGGGACAUCGAGCAACGAAAAUAUCUAGACUUUACAGCUGGUAUUGCCGUUACGUCUCUAGGCCAUUCUGACCCCGGAGUGGCCGAGAUCGUGUCACAACAAUCCAGGAUGUUGAUCCAUUCAUCCAAUCUUUUCCACAACAAAUGGACGGGAACCCUCAGCCAGCUCCUUGUCACCUACACCGUUGAGUCUGGCGCCAUGCGUGGCGCGAAGCAAGCAUUCAUCUGCAACUCCGGCACUGAAGCAAACGAAGCAGCCAUCAAAUUUUCCCGGAAGGUCGGUCACAGCCUCGACCCUUCCGGUGCCAAACACGAGUUCGUCUCUUUUUUCAAUUCCUUCCACGGCCGCACCUACGGCGCUCUAUCCGCCACCCCAAACCCCAAAUACCAAGCCCCUUUCGCGCCCAUGGUCCCCGGCUUCAAGUACGGCACAUACAACGACAUCGCCCAACUCCAAACCCUCAUAACCGAGAAAACCUGCGGUGUCAUCGUAGAGCCUAUCCAGGGCGAAGGCGGUGUGCACACCGCGACACCUGAAUUCCUCAGCGCCCUUCGUGCACGCUGCGACGAAGUCGGCGCCGUCCUCAUCUUCGAUGAAAUCCAGUGCGGCCUUUCCCGCACCGGCUCCCUUUGGGCGCACGCUCACCCCACCCUCGAACCAAAGGAUGACUCACCCGCCGCCCAUCCGGAUAUCCUCACUACAGCCAAGGCGCUCGGCAACGGCAUCCCCAUCGGUGCCACCAUCAUCUCCGAUAAAGUCAGUCAGCACAUCAGAGUAGGCGACCACGGCACAACGUUCGGCGGGAACCCGUUUGCCUGUCGCAUAGGACAGCACGUGCUCACCCGCCUGGCGUCGAGCGCUUUACAGUCUUCCGUACGCUCGCGCUCCACGACAUUCCGGUCAGGACUCGAGCAUUUGCGGAAACGAUUCCCAGAUGCUGUUGAGGAUAUUCGUGGGUGCGGGUUGUUGCUGGGGUUGCAGCUUACAGAGAAAUAUAAGGGAAUUGUAGGAGACAUCACGAAUGAGGCUAGGGAGAGGGGAUUGCUUGUCAUUACGGCUGGUGACGGAUGUUUGAGAUUUGUGCCGCCGCUGAUUAUCACAGAUGAGGAAAUUAGGGAAGGGUUGUCUAUCUUGGGAGAAGCGAUGGAGCAUGUAUUUGCCCGGACUGCUUGA